UACAUACUACAGAAAAACGGCAGUGAUGAGAAGCACAUACAAGACAGGAAAAGGAGAGCGAUGAUAGCAAUGAAGAAAACAUGGAGCGUGGGAGAAAGAGUAUUCAAACAGGACUACAAGAGGAGAAUGAAGAUGUUUGAAGCAUUAGUAGAGAGCGUGGCGCUGUUUGGAGCAGAGGUAUGGGGUUGGAACAUGGAAGAAAGGCUGGACAGGAUAAAAAGAGGGUACAUAAAAUGGAUCUUAGGUUUAGAUAGGACAACACCAAACUACAUACUGACGGAAGAGUGCAAGCUAGAAGAAAUCAAGGUAAAAGCAUUAAAAAGGGCAGCAAGGUACGAGGGAAGAACUCUAGAAUCAGAAAAGGAGAGCAGAGUUUUUAUACGAGAAUAA